UACCAUAAUAAUCAUGAACCCGAAACAUUUAUUGGAAAUAUUUCUUGUUCUUCAACUCGCAUUUAACGUGUUGGCUUUUAUUAAUGAAUAUUUCUACGAGUUUGGUAACAAGGAAGUUGGUAAACAAAUUUACACAAAGGAUGGUCUAAUUCAUUUGUUUGAACAUAACAAUUAUGUUAACGUACCCGUUCCACCCAAUACGGAGGUCACAUAUGUUUCAGUGAGAGUAAAUGCUAUCAAUCCCCCAAAAGUUGAUUUCGACAACGAGAGCAAAAGCCUGAGUAUAAAAUACUCAUUUUUGGAACUACCUAUUAGUUCAUACUCGCUGUACGUCAAAGGAAAACCUACUGCAGGAUGAAUACUA